GGGGCCGCGGCAGCCGAGCUGUGCGCUGUGCCCUCCGCCCUCGCACGCCAUUUCCUGCGCUCCGUGUUUACUUCCCGGUUCAACCCCUUCCCAGUCAGGAGCGGAGGGAGCGGGAGGUGUACCCGGAGCCGCGCACGGAGGGCGAGUGCCUGAGCAACAUCCGCGAGUUCCUGCGGGGCUGCGGUGCCUCGCUGCGCCUGGAGAUGAACUGCCAGGCUCAUUGUUAACUGUUUGGUGCUUUCCUGCCAGUCUCUGGUGGAUCCGAUUUCUUCCAUCAUGACUGCCUUCCCCCCCUGAACUGAACCAGAGUGGAGCGGCUCAGUGACUGGCAUAAAGGACACGGCAGAGGAAGAAGCGGACUGGGGCCUCCUCUUCUGGCAGCAGUGGGCUUUUGGCAUGGCUUAGCUGUGCGAUAAAUAGCACCAAAAGUAUUGGGGACUGCCGGCCUAAGACACUACUGUUGCUUAUUCCUCUUCUUUACUGUGUGUGUCAGCACAAGAGUUAUUGGGCUAGUAUGUGAACAACAGGGAAACAAGCCCAACCAAAAACUUUCGAUGCAAAUGAUCUGUAUCAGGGCCAGAACUUCAGCAAAGUUCUCAGCUCUCUGGUUGCUUUAAAUAAGGUGACUGCAGACAUAGGGCUGGGCAGUGACUCUGUAUGUGCACGUCCCUCAUCUCAUCGGAUAAAAUCCUUUGAUUCUCUGGGAUCUCAGUCUUUACACAGUAGAACUUCAAAGCUCUUUCAGGGACAGUAUCGGAGUUUGGACAUGACAGAUAACAGCAACCAUCAGUUGGUGGUGAGAGCAAAAUUUAAUUUUCAACAGACAAAUGAAGAUGAACUUUCUUUUUCAAAAGGAGAUAUUAUUCAUGUAACAAGAGUGGAAGAAGGAGGCUGGUGGGAAGGAACUCUAAAUGGCAAAACAGGGUGGUUUCCAAGUAACUACGUACGAGAAAUAAAAUCAAAUGAAAAGCCGGUCUCCCCCAAAUCAGGUACAUUGAAGAGUCCACCUAAAGGCUUUGAUACAUCUGCAAUCAACAAAAGUUAUUACAAUGUGGUGCUACAAAAUAUAUUAGAAACAGAAAAUGAAUAUUCUAAGGAGCUACAGACAAUGCUUUCAAACUACCUGCGACCAUUACAAGCCAGUGAAAAGUUAAGCUCGACAAACACUUCAUACUUAAUGGGAAAUCUGGAAGAAAUAAGUUCUUUCCAGCAGAUGCUUGUACAGUCUUUAGAAGAAUGCACCAAGUUGCCUGAAGCUCAGCAGAGGGUUGGAGGAUGUUUUCUAAAUUUGAUGUCACAAAUGAAAAACUUAUACCUUGCCUACUGUGCCAAUCAUCCAUCAGCAGUAAAUGUUCUCACAGAACACAGUGAGGAACUAGGAGAAUUCAUGGAGGUGAAAGGUGCCAACAGUCCCGGGAUCCUUGUACUGACCACAGGCCUCAGCAAACCUUUUAUGCGUCUGGAUAAAUACCCCACGUUACUCAAAGAGCUUGAAAGGCACAUGGAGGAUUAUCAUCCAGAUCGUCCAGAUAUUCAAAAAUCCAUGACAGCCUUCAAAAACCUUUCUGCACAAUGUCAAGAAGUACGGAAACGAAAAGAACUUGAACUACAAAUACUAACAGAAGCAAUCCGCUGUUGGGAGGGAGAAGAUAUCAAAACACUUGGCAAUGUGAUUUACAUGUCCCAGGUCAUGAUUCAGUGCGCUGGAAGUGAGGAAAAGAAUGAAAGGUAUCUUCUUCUCUUCCCUAACAUUUUGUUAAUGUUGUCUGCCAGCCCGAGAAUGAGUGGGUUCAUCUAUCAGGGGAAACUACCAAUGACUGGAAUGACUAUCACAAAACUAGAAGACACUGAAAACCAUAAAAAUGCAUUUGAAAUAUCAGGAACUAUGAUUGAAAGGAUACUAGUGUCAUGUAACAACCAACAAGAUUUGCAUGAGUGGGUGGAUCACCUGCAGAAACAAACUAAAGUCACAGCUGUUGGGAAUCCCACCAUUAAACCUCAUUCUGUGCCAUCUCACACACUUCCUUCCCAUCCAGUAACACCCUCCAGCAAGCACUCGGACAGCAAGCAGAUACCACUGACUCCUGCAUACCACACUCUCCCUCAUCCGUCACAUCAUGGGACUCCACAUACCACAAUAAACUGGGGACCUCUGGAACCUCCUAAAACACCCAAGCCCUGGAGUCUGAGCUGUUUGCGGCCUGCACCUCCACUACGGCCUUCAGCAGCACUUUGUUACAAAGAGGAUCUAAGUAAGAGCCCUAAAACCAUGAAAAAGCUGCUUCCCAAACGCAAGCCAGAACGGAAGCCAUCAGAUGAAGAAUUUGCACUGAGAAAAAGUACAGCUGCUUUAGAAGAAGAUGCUCAAAUUCUUAAAGUCAUUGAAGCAUAUUGCACAAGUGCCAAAACACGUCAAACACUAAAUUCAACAUGGCAAGGCACUGACCUGAUGCAUAAUCACGUCUUGGCUGAUGAUGACCAAUCAAGUCUAGACUCCUUGGGUCGUCGCAGUAGUCUUUCUCGUUUGGAGCCUUCAGACCUCUCAGAAGACUCUGACUAUGACAGUAUAUGGACAGCCCAUAGUUACAGAAUGGGGUCUACAUCUCGUUCCCGCAAAGAAUCAGCUCCUCAAGUCCUGCUUCCAGAAGAAGAAAAAAUCAUUGUAGAAGAAACUAAAAGUAAUGGUCAGACUGUUAUAGAAGAGAAAAGCCUUGUUGACACAGUAUAUGCAUUAAAGGAUGAAGUACAGGAGUUAAGACAGGAUAACAAAAAGAUGAAGAAAUCAUUAGAAGAAGAACAAAGAGCUCGCAAGGACUUGGAGAAGCUUGUUAGAAAAGUUCUAAAGAACAUGAAUGAUCCAUCUUGGGAUGAAACCAAUUUAUAACUAUUUUUUUUUUCUUUCUAUUGAAAGACCAGUUGUAAAACUGAGCUGGGAAGCCUUCUGACAUUAGUCAGUGUUGCAUCAAGAGCACUACAAAACAGGAUUUAACUGGAUCUGGUGAUUUCUUGCUCUGAACACAUAGAAACAGUCAAGCCAUUCACUGAAGAAAUCUGUACGUUAAGUGUGGAGACUGUGGAUCCUGAACUCUACUAAACUUAAUUUGUUUGCAUCUAAAUUACCUCAUUUUGCAGAAAGUGCAGCAUCUGACUAAAAGUCCAUGUUUUUCAGUGGCUUUUUAAUUAAAUAUAUAUAUUUUUCUUGUAAAUACUGUAAUUUUGAAUGCAUAUGUGGUUGGUAUAUCAGGGCUGAUAUGUUAUUUUUUUUCCUCCUGUUCUUACAGCGGUCACAAGUGUUAGAAAUGGUGGCAGUACGGUCUUAGCUAGGAAGGGUCAGAGUUCUUUGUGGCUAAUUAUGGAUUUGCUCCAAAUUACUCACUCAUCACAAAUGCAAAUUUAAGAACUUGUUUUUCCUAUUGAACAGUGUAUUUAAAUCCUUUACUGCUAUUUAUGUCUGCACAUACAUUUGAAACAGUUUACAAUUGUUUAGAAACAGUAUUAAGCUACAGAAAAUUGCUUAUUGAUGGUGGAAACAAAUUUUAACGAUACUAAUGCCCACGAUUUAUGUUCAUGUACUCUUAUUUGGCAGACUAAUCUGUUGUGCUUCGGCCACCAGAAGACUGAUGUACUUGCCUGCUUUUUGACUGUGAUUUUUAGGUGUUUAUGUACUACAUUUUUUUUGUUGUUGUGCUUAAGCAUACAGCUGGCUGGUAAUUUAAUGGAUCAUACAGUUUGUUAAAGCAAAAAAAAAAAAAAAAAAACCAAUCUAAUCCAGAAUUUUGUGAAUAAAUUGUUGCUAUUUAUUUUUUAUUGUCACAACAAUUAAAUUGUAGCUAACUUUUUUUUUUUUGCAUAAGAUGCAUGGGCCAGGACAAACUUCAUUCAGAGCUUUGUUUUUUCACCACUAUGUAAGACUUGGUUUGGAAUUCCCAAACUGUGGAAGUAGUCAUUCCUUUCCCACCUUGUUUUCUCAGCAUACUGCUGGUUUCUGUCCUGCUAGGAGUUAAAUGGAAACAAUCUGGAAAUAUGAUUUUUUUUCAUCAUACUGUAAUUCAUUUUUUGCAUCACUGACAGAUUGGAAAACACAUAUCAUGAACAUACCUGAAAGUUUUUAUUCCCUAGUCUGAUAGGUACAAUUACUGCAAUCCUUUCCCUUCUUUAAAGUAGGAGAUGCUCCAUUACCGUAAACGUUGAGCUUCAUUUGGAGCACUUUCAUUUGGAGCACUUAAAAUACGAAGCCCAUUCAAGCUCAUUGUAAAAGUCCCCUUGAUUUCAGCAAGCUGUGGGUCAAACUGUAGGUGGUACAACUUUCUCAGGAGUUUUUCUUCACUUGACAGCGGAUGUGCAGGUAUAGUGCAGACCCAAGUUGCACCUUUUGCCAUCUUGAUUUUCUGCUGCCCAUUCAUUCUCUUUAAAUGUAAGCAAAUGUUUAUAUAAACGGUAAUGAAUUGAUGCCAAAAUGAUUAGGGCGGUAAAAGUUACUGUGCAGAAUGUGAAUCUAAUGAAAAAAUGCUUUUAAAGCUGUUCUUGGUGGAAAAGUGUGGAUAGCUUUCUCUUUUUUUAAAAGGAAAGAACAUUAAUGAUUACAUUACUGCAGAAAGAAUUCAGUGAGAAUGGGUACUUAAUCUGAACUAGUUGUCUGAUUUUAAAAGCUGAAUAGAUCUGUAGUAUUUUCAUCUGUGUUCCUCUGAUUUAAAGAUGCCUUCCUUUAGUUCUAAAGGAGCAGACCGGGUAAGAAAACUUCAGAAUGUCUGCAAUAUCUGGUUACAUAUACUCCCUGAACUUUAGGUUUUUGGCAAUUCUUGAUAGCAAAAUCUUUUCCUAGCAUAAUCUUAGCAGUUGCGUGAAACAGUGAGCUGACAUUUACUGUGAUCUUCAUCUUUAGAAAAUAGUCUUGCUAAAAGCUAAGUGAUAUGAAGCCCUGCAAACUCAUGGCCAAUUGGCUAAAUUUAGGGUCGAGAACGACAGUGUAAUUAAAAUUCUGCUAACGCUUUUACUUCUGACAUUAAGGCCAUUCUCAGAUUGAAUUUUAACUUCCAAUUGAGCAUAUGUGAAAGGACAUUCCAGAGGAAGUAUAAAAGGAGAACGCGAAUCUUAGCAGUAUUUAGCAAAUUUUAACUCAGGAACAACUUGGAUCAUAACAUGACUUUGUUUUACAUCGUAUUGUAAAGAGUAGCAUUGCUAUGUAAAUUUGCCGACACGUAGUACCUGUGAUUAUAAUAAUUUCUGACAGUACCCCUAUACUGAUAUCUAAUGAACAUGCCUUAAACACUGGGAUCAAGCAGUUGUUAAAUAUGACCGGGACUUGGGGACUGAUUUUAUUUGAGGUGGAUUGGGAUGAUGAAUUUUUACAAAAAAAAAAAAAAAAGGGAAAAAAAAAGACCACCACCUGAUAUUAUAUGUAGCUCUUGUCCUUAGCUCUAGCACAGAGAGCGAGAGUCAGGCUUUUGGGAACCAAGGAAUAUCUGAACUUCUUUCUUUUACAAUUUGUUAUACUGUAUAUAGAGUGUAAAUUUCACCAUGGACCUUCUGAAUUGUUGGAAACUUUAUAUAAGCAUGGAUAAAAGGGGCACUGUUUAUUUAACCUAUUAAAGGGUUAUUUCUUUGCUCUCAUCGUUUAGGGAUGAGGAGAUGAAGCCAUUUCUUAUCCUGUAGAUGUGAAGCACUUUCAGUUCUAAACUGUCCAAAAUGUAGCAUAACAUUUCUCUGUACUUAUUGAUGUAUGCGUGUUUGUCUCACCAUGUCAUGGCAUCUUAAAGAUUAAACAACUGACUGCCUUUGUAUAAACUUUCUUAAUGCCAAUUAUUUAGUGCAUUUAGGGUGUCUGUUUACAGUAUCUGUGGAGAAGUCAAGUUUAGUUUAGACAUCACGAUAAUAUCCUGGUAUCGACUACUGAAGUGUUCAUGCUACAUCGUUGUAAUUAAACCAUGGUUUUUCCCCUA